CACCCAGGAAACACCGAGGGCCCGAUGAGGCCUCACAGUCCAGGUGGCAAUAGCUUAUUUGCAAAGAGAACGUACUUCAAGUAUUGGGAAGCAGUGCCCUAAAGUACCUCAGACGGGCAUACACGGAGGCACCCGGACACCUACCAGACCCGGCCGUAAGCGUUUAGUAGUCACCCUGUGAAACCGUACGGAGGCCGCCCGCAGGCGGGUCUGGCUUCUGCUAUUCAGAUAUGUUGAGUCGCCUGGGAAGUUUCCUGCAGCAGGCCUUAGAGUCGCGUGAGCCGACUCAGGACUUGUUGCAAUCCUUCGUUCAGCACUGGAGAGGAGUCACUCAGUACUACCUUGAGAAUACUGAUGAGUCUCGACCUGCCCGUGAUACAGAAAUCCCAUGGCGGCUACGUCAGUUAAUUGAUAUACUCGCAUUUGAAGAGAGGGAACCGGGGUCCAAUGGGGACACAGGGAACUCAGGGACAGCAGGCCACACUGGGCCCUGUAUGGAGUAUUUACUGCAGCACAAGAUACUGGAGACACUCUGUACACUGGCAAAAGCAGAGGUAUCUUACCCCCCUGGUAUGAGGCAGCAGGUGCUUCUAUUCUACAGCCGUCUUUUAUCCCAGGUGCAGCGCCCUUUGCUACAUUACUUGAAUGUACACCGGCCUGUACAAAAGCUGAUCGCUCUGUCAGGAGAUGAAAUAGGGAUCACAGCACAGAAAGAGGAACUUCAUUUUUUAUCUUCUGUUUGCAGCAAGCUGGAGAAAGACCCAUCACUCCUUAUCCAUAUAUUAGAGGGAGAAAAUGUAAGGGAGGUCCUCUGCUCAGCUGGAGAGGAUGAAGGGAAGAUGGAUUCUCCAAACCACAAACCCAGACAGAAUUUAUUCAGGGCUCUCAUGAGGCUGUGUAACUGCCAGAAGAGUCGAUUGACAGUGCGUGCACGGGAGGCUUUGCUGGGGGUGCUCCGUUCUGCACAGGAGGAGGGGCCAGCUCGUCUAAUUGCACAGAGCGACCUGAAGCAGCUAAUCACAGAGCGUAUGUGUGAGCUACACAGCGGUAUCCCCCUUACCACUCAUCCCUGUGACAUCACCGCACUGGAGGGCACAGACUGGAGGACUGAGCCAAGCACACAGGAGGCAGAUGCAGCACUGAGAAGGUUUCUCUGCUGGGUGGAGUAUUGUAACUGUUUAGUACGAGAAUCAAAUGAGGUGGUUGCAGUGUCGUUAGCAGAGUCUUUAGCAGAGGGUUAUCUGCGUGGGAUUCUACAGCCAGAACUACUGCAGGUGUCAGAGCUGGGUAUCCUACGCAGCACAGCGAUCCUCACAGCCCUGAUCCAACGUCUCACUGCUUACCCCCUGUUACACAGACUCCUCACCAUCCUGCUGGGGGAAGAGAGGGGACCGGAGAGUAAGAGUGUCAGAGGUUCACCGCUCCGCACCCAGAUCAUCCAAAGAUGCAAUCAUCUGUCUGACGAGAUAAGCCUGGCAUCUCUUCGGCUCUUUGAAGAGAUUCUUCAGGUCCCACAGGAGUUUGCACUGCACAAUCUGGUCAUCCGCAACUUGGAGACACGAAUGUAUCUAACUGGGGCACAAGAAGAAAUCAGGGGGCACGAAGGUGAUAAUUGGGAAUUCACAGAGGAACUUGAAGAGGAUCCAUACUUCACAGAUGGAUUCCCUGACACAGGACUGAGGCUGAAAGAGAAAAACACAAAUUCUGAAGCAGAACCUGCAGGAAGAGAGCAAAGAGUAAGGAGUUUCCUCUCCCUUGUCCCUGAAGAGAUGAAGUCAUCAGACUCUGGUUAUGACACUUACCUACAAGAUGCUCUUGUGCAGUUUCAGAGCUGCUGUAACCUGGUAUCACAGUGGGGAUGGCCUAUAUCUCCACGAACCUUAACAGUGGGUCAUGGUGGUCAGGAAUUCUAUGAAGGUCACUUCUUGGAAGUUCUAUUUGACCGUCUUGGUGGAAUUCUGGAUCAGCCCUAUGAAAUGAACCUGCAGGUCACCUCUCUACUUGGACGUCUUGCCCUGUUUCCCCACCCACACCUUCAGGAGUUUCUGCUGGACCCUUAUAUCAGCCUGGUACCAGGAGCCCGCUCGCUCUUUUCUGUGCUUGUAAGGGUUGUUGCAGAUCUUGCUCAGCGCUCUCUACAUGUGAGUCGAUUUCAGGAGACACUUUAUCUGGUGAGGCGUCAGCUAUUGGGAGAUGCCCCUGAGGAACCGCUGAAUCACGUAACCAUGUGCCGUGGAGUUGUGGUCUUAGAAGAGUUCUGCAAAGAGAUGGCGGCAGCAGCCUGUGUGAGCCAACCACCACUAGCUCCAAACUGAACAAAAUACUCACUGAUCAUGAAGGGGUGAACAUUUUAUGGAGAUGUCUCCAUAGUAGAUGUGCAAUAGUCAUGUACCCCAUGUGCCUUAUGAACUGUUAAACACUAUAGUACUCUGUCAUGUUUGCUGCUAUGUAGAUACUGCUUCACUGUCCCUCUAUGAGCAUCCAGACCAAGGCUGCUGUAUCCUUUCUGUAAAUAAUUUGUAAGUGGUUUUAGCAAAGGUAGGUAGCAGGUCCUAGGGUCACACUUACAUCUGAGGAUUCUUAUGGCAUUUCCUCUAUCUGAAAAGCAUGCAUCCAAUUUUACGCAGCCUUUGCAUAUCCCUCCUAACCAGUAAAGACAAGAUACAUUUUCCUUUGUAAAAUGAUGAUGGUCCACAGUCCUCCAUAACAUAUGGGAUAUAUUUUUCACCACUAGGAGGAGGUCAAGAACCCAUGUUAUGUGCACAGCAUUUCCCUAACGGGACUUCAGCCAUCACUGCCCUCAGGCGUCGCAGGUAUUCGUCCCUAGCCUCCCCCUGAGGGACUCAGGUAUUUCCUACUGCAAUCCUCUGUGGUACUCGAUAACUGCACUGCAUGGUCUCUCUACUGGAUAGUGCUGCAGCUUCAUUGACAUGCCUGAUAAUCCAGUGGAGGGGUGCUGCAUAAGUUAAGUGAGCCAGAGGCUAUUUGUAGGUACUCUGACAAAAACUACAGCAUAGCCAGGGGACUUAACCUGCUCCCCUCAUGACAAUUGUUUUUCCUCCCUAUCAGUUCCCUAAAGGAUCUGUCUUCAUUGGGAACUCUAUCAGGGAAGCUUGGUGCAAGUUUUUAUUUAAAACUGAACCAAAAGUGUUUUAACUUUUUAACAUGGCCACCGGCUUUGCUCCUGGCAGUAGCCCUGCCCCCUCAGUGUUCUUAGGCUUUUCUCUCUCAAUAUGGAUCCUCUGUAGCUAGAUUCUGUAAUAAUACAGUUAGGACCAGUUUUUAAACCUAUUUCCAGUGCCUGCCAGUCCCAGGAAGGAAGUGAGUACCCAUGCAGGAGCUGCCAGGGCUUACUUAAGGGAUAUAUAAUAAAUAUAUAUAUAUAUAUAUAUAUAUAUAUAUAGGGGCUGUAGUGAGUACUACACAGAGAUAAUUGAAGUGUCUAAGGGAGUGUAAAAAUAGUGUAGAGGUCUCUUAAUACUUUAAUACUAAAUAAUUUUUAAAUACUAAUUAAUUAGUCAAUUAAGCAUUGUACUCCCACCAUUGCCAGGGGAUGUAAACAGAUAUUUUUUUUUAUGCCAGUCUGCAUUUUAUAUACUGUUGUACUUUUCAUGCUUUGGAAUAUUAUUUGCAGUAUGUACAUUAUGCAGGUUUUUUUUGUACACUAUUGGGAUAUUCAAAUUGCUAAUAGCUGUCUAUGUAUUUCAUGUCCAGCAGCACAAAUAAUAAUUUCUCCAACAUAGGUGUGUCCGGUCCACGGCGUCAUCCUUAC